CCCCAACGGGGAGUGCCGCCGCGGGGACGACGGGGGUCCCGACCAGCCGACCCCGCCGCCUGCCCCCUCUUCGCAGCCCAAGGUCUCCUUCUCCUGCAGCCCCGAGGGAGGCGGCGGGUCCCCGAAGGCGGCCGAGGAAGGCGCCACCGAUGGAGCCGAGGUGGGGCCGGGCGUCGGCGAGCCCCGCGGCAGCCAGACGACUUUCAUGCAGCGGCAGUUCAGCGCGAUGCUCCAGCCGGGCGUCAACAAGUUCUCGCUGCGGAUGUUCGGCUCGCAGAAGGCGGUGGAGCGCGAGCAGGAGAGGGUCAAGUCGGCCGGCGCCUGGAUCAUCCACCCGUACAGCGACUUCAGGUUCUACUGGGACUUCACCAUGUUGCUUUUCAUGGUGGGCAACCUGAUCAUCAUUCCCGUCGGCAUCACCUUCUUCAAAGAGGAGACCACAGCUCCCUGGAUCGUCUUCAACGUAGUGUCGGAUACCUUCUUCCUCAUGGACCUGGUUAUGAACUUCCGGACGGGCAUCGUCAUCGAGGACAAUACGGAGAUCAUUCUGGAUCCCGAGCGGAUCAAGAAGAAGUACUUGAAGACCUGGUUUGUGGUGGACUUUGUCUCCUCCAUUCCUGUGGAUUAUAUCUUCCUCAUCGUGGAGAAGGGCAUGGAUUCCGAGAUGUACAAGACGGCUCGCGCCUUGCGCAUCGUCCGCUUCACCAAAAUUUUGAGUCUCCUGCGGCUACUACGUCUCUCCCGUCUAAUCCGGUACAUUCACCAGUGGGAAGAGAUAUUCCACAUGACGUAUGACCUGGCCAGCGCCGUGAUGCGAAUCAUCAAUCUCAUCGGGAUGAUGCUCCUUCUUUGCCACUGGGAUGGCUGCCUCCAGUUCCUCGUUCCGAUGCUGCAGGAUUUCCCUACUGACUGCUGGGUCUCCAUCAACGGCAUGGUGAACGAUUCCUGGAGCGAGCUGUAUUCCUUUGCGCUCUUCAAGUCCAUGAGCCACAUGCUUUGCAUCGGAUACGGGCGCCAGGCGCCGGAAAGCAUGACUGACAUCUGGCUGACGAUGCUGAGCAUGAUUGUGGGAGCGACAUGCUACGCCAUGUUUAUCGGCCAUGCCACAGCCCUCAUCCAGUCUCUGGAUUCCUCUCGGCGCCAGUAUCAAGAAAAGUACAAACAAGUGGAACAGUACAUGUCCUUCCACAAACUCCCAGCUGACUUCCGGCAAAAGAUCCACGACUACUAUGAACAUCGCUACCAGGGCAAAAUGUUUGAUGAGGACAGCAUCCUUGGGGAGCUGAACGAGCCUCUGCGAGAGGAGAUUGUCAACUUCAACUGUCGCAAACUGGUGGCCUCCAUGCCGCUCUUUGCCAACGCCGACCCCAAUUUUGUCACGGCCAUGCUUACCAAACUGAGGUUCGAAGUCUUUCAACCAGGGGACUACAUCAUCAGAGAAGGCACCAUCGGGAAAAAGAUGUACUUCAUUCAACAUGGGGUGGUCAGUGUCCUCACCAAAGGCAAUAAAGAGAUGAAGCUUUCAGAUGGUUCCUACUUUGGAGAGAUUUGCCUCCUGACCAGAGGGCGUCGAACUGCGAGUGUCCGUGCAGAUACCUAUUGUCGCUUGUACUCCCUCUCCGUGGACAAUUUUAAUGAGGUCCUGGAGGAAUACCCCAUGAUGAGGCGGGCUUUCGAAACGGUUGCCCUGGAUCGCCUGGAUCGCAUCGGCAAGAAGAACUCCAUUCUCUUGCACAAGGUGCAGCACGACCUCAAUUCUGGCGUCUUCAACAACCAGGAGAACGAGAUCAUCCAGGAGAUUGUCAAGUACGACCGGGAGAUGGUUCAACAGGCUGAGUUCCAACAGCAAAACCCCAUGUACACCCCAGCUCAGCCCCAGGUCACCUCGGCGAUCGCCACCCUCCAGCAGGCCGUGGCGAUGAGCUUCUGCCCGCAGAUGGCCAGCCCGCUGGUUGGCCCAAUUAGCCUCGGGUCCCCACGGAUGGUCCGCCGGCUCCAGUACCAAGGAGGUCUCCCCGGGGCCUUCUCCAUCUCGCCAGCCUUGCUUCAACAGCAUCACCAACAGCAGCAGCUGAACCUGCAGCAGCAGCAGCAACAGCAGCAACAACAACAACUGGGUGGCCCGAUGUUCCAGAACAUGCCGCGGCCCCCGCAGCCGAACGUCCCACUCCAGCAGCAACCCCCACCUCCUCAGCCUCCGCUGGUUGCUUCCGCCGGCCCCUUCCCCUCCGUAGUGUCCAGCCCCUCUUCCCAAAGCCCUCACACCAGCCGGACGUUCCCAUACGGGGGUGCUAAGGGUCAGUCGGGGUCCCAGCUCUCGCUAACUCAGCAGAAGCCGCCCGGCUCGCCGCAGCGGAUGGCGGCUCACAAGAGCACCCAGGCUCUUCACACAAGCAGUCUCAGCCAGGAGACGCGGCCUCUUUCGGCCUCCCAACCCUCCCUUCCCCACGGCGUUCCUCAAACGCCGAGCCAGAGCCCGCCGUCAUCGGCUCACGAGUCCAAUGCUUCGAUCGCCACAGGGCAGGGGGCCUCGCCGUCGUCGCCUGCCACUUCAACCCAAAAUGCCGGUAACACCCCACCAGCCACAUCACGGCCGGCGCCCCGGGCGCCCCACCAGAUGACCAUGGCUGCCGCGUACCCUGGGACAGCUGCCUCAGGCAUUCAACAGGACCCGGGCGGUGCCCGCAAGGAUUCCAUCAUUAGCGCCCCUGAUACGGACUCAGCAAAGUCUAGGCUUCCGUCCAAUUUGUGACCCUCGAUUUAAUCUGCAGGUGGGGAGGGGGGAGUGUCUGGUAGAGCUGGGAGGGUAGGGCCCCCCCCUCACCCUAGCUGUGGGGCAGCAUGAACUGGCAAGGGGGCAGUUCUGCGACACCCCUCUUGGCUCUCUUUCUCUCAUGCUGACCAUCACAUGCUCUGCAAUACUAGCGGGGAAGGAGCGGCCCAGAUCCGCACAGCCGUGUGCGUCACCAGGUGGGGCUGGGGCACAUGGGAUUCGUUGUCAGGGAAGCUCGGCGGGACUUCUGCCUCUGCAGGAGGAGCGAUGCGUGUGGAGUGGGGGUUUUUUUCCCCCCCUAGCCAGGACACAGGGUGCCAGGGACGAAGGAGCUGCCCGUCCCAUCCUCUUCCUCACUAAAGUUUGGCUCCUUCUGGCUGUCAUCUUCAUCCCGCCUCGCCCUGCUGUGUCCAUUCCGUGGAAAGCCAUAUCUAGAUUCUCAUGCAAUUUAAUCCAGUGUGUGUAAAAUAUAUACAUACUUAUAUAUAUACAGUAUAUAUAUAUAUAUAUACAUAUAUAUAAAAUACCGAGAGAAAAAUUAUAUAUAUUUAGGAGUUAAACCGCAUACGCAAUGCCUUAUACGCCAUGCUCCGUGCUGUACCCAAAGGGGAAAGAGAUCUGUUGAGGAGUCGUUGAGGAAGGACGGUGUGGAACAAUGUCAAGUCUUUCAGGCCGAACUUUUGCUUAUCCCUAGAACAGUGUUUCUUAACCGUGGUUGCUUUAAACCGUGUGGACUUCAAC